GGAGCGGCGGGGACUGCUGGCUUCUGGAGGGGGAAGGGCGGGCUGCCACCCGAACGCCCGAAGAGCCGGCGGAGGGGGGUAGGGGGUGGGAGGAGGAAGGAGGGGGAGCCCGGCGAGGGGGAGGCGGCGCCUGGGCCCGAGCCGCCCCAGCCCUGGCUCCUCUCCCCGGAACAGGCCCCCGACAGCUGCUCGCGGGAGCCGCCUCGCGACACCCGAGCCCCGCCGGCGCCUCCCGCUCCCGGGUUCUGGCUCCCGCCGCCUGCCCCUCCCCUCGCCCAGUCGCGGAGGAGGCCCCUCUCCGGGGUCGAACGCCUGGGUCUGCGGGUCUGCCGAGAAGAAUGAGAGAGAUGCUGCCCCCACCACCUUAGGCCCAAGGGAUCAGGAGCUAUGGGGCCAGGGGCCCUCUCAUCUCUAUUGCUGCUGCUGCCAUUGGUGGCAACUGGAGACAAUGACAUGAAAGGACAUUUUGACCCUGCCAAGUGCCGCUAUGCCCUGGGUAUGCAGGACCGGACCAUCCCGGAUGGGGACAUCUCUGCCUCCAGUUCUUGGUCAGACUCCACCGCAGCUCACCACAGCAGGUUGGAGAGCAGCGAUGGGGAUGGGGCAUGGUGCCCUGCAGGGCCAGUCUUUCCCAAGGAGGAGGAGUAUCUGCAGGUGGAUCUACGGCGGUUGCACCUGGUGGCUCUGGUGGGCACCCAGGGGAGACAUGCAGGAGGCCUGGGCAAGGAGUUCUCCCCCAGCUACCGGCUGCGUUACUCUCGGGAUGGCCACCGCUGGAUGGACUGGAGGGACCGCUGGGGUCAGGAGGUGAUCCUAGGUAAUGAGGACCCUGGGGGAGUGGUGCUGAAGGACCUUGGGCCUCCCAUGGUGGCCCGCCUGGUUCGCUUCUAUCCCCGGGCAGACCGGGUCAUGAGCGUGUGUAUGCGGGUCGAACUUUAUGGCUGUCUCUGGAAGGAUGGACUCCUGUCUUACACAGCCCCUGUGGGGCAGACCAUGUACUUAUCCGAAGCCGUGCACCUCAACGACUCCACCUACGAUGGACACACUACACACAUCAUCAGCGGACUGCAGUAUGGAGGGCUGGGCCAGCUGGCAGAUGGUGUCGUGGGGCUGGAUGACUUCAGGAAGAGCCAGGAGCUUCGGGUCUGGCCGGGCUAUGACUAUGUGGGGUGGAACAACCACAGCUUCCCCAGUGGCUACGUGGAGAUGGAGUUUGAGUUUGACCGGCUGAGGGCAUUCCAGGCCAUGCAGGUCCACUGUAACAACAUGCAUACAUUGGGAGCCCGUCUGCCAGGCGGGGUGGAGUGUCGCUUCAAGCGGGGCCCUGCCCUAGCCUGGGAGGGAGAAUCCAUGCGCCAUGCUUUGGGGGGCAGCCUGGGGGACCCUCGAGCCCGGGCUGUGUCAGUGCCCCUGGGUGGCCGUGUAGGCCGAUUCCUGCAGUGCCGCUUCCUCUUUGCUGGGCCUUGGUUACUCUUCAGUGAAAUCUCCUUCACCUCAGAUGUUAUGAAUGACUCCUCUCCAGCCCUGGGGGGCACCUUUCCACCAGCCCCCAUGUGGCCACCAGGCCCACCACCCACCAACUUUAGCAGCUUGGAGCUGGAGCCCAGGGGCCAGCAGCCUGUGGCCAAGGCCGAGGGGAGCCCAACUGCCAUCCUGAUUGGCUGCCUGGUGGCCAUCAUCCUACUGCUGCUGCUCAUCAUUGCCCUAAUGCUCUGGCGGCUGCACUGGCGCAGGCUCCUCAGCAAGGCUGAGCGUCGGGUAUUAGAAGAGGAGCUGACAGUUCAUCUCUCUGUCCCUGGUGACACCAUCCUCAUCAACAACCAUCCAGGCUCUCGAGAGCCGCCCCCUUAUCAGGAGCCUCGGCCUCGUGGGAAUCCACCCCGCUCUGCACCUGGUGUCCCUAAUGGCUCUGCGUUGCUGCUCUCCAAUCCGGCCUACCGCCUCCUUCUGGCCACUUACGCCCGCCCCCCUCGAGGCCCGGGCCCCCCCACACCCGCCUGGGCCAAACCCACCAACACCCAGGCCUGCAGUGGGGACUAUAUGGAGCCUGAGAAGCCAUGUGCCCCCCUCCUGUCCCCACCUCCUCAGAACAGCGUCCCCCAUUAUGCUGAGGCUGACAUUGUCACCCUGCAGGGCGUCACUGGGGGUAACACCUAUGCUGUGCCAGCGCUGCCCCUAGGGGCGAUCGGGGAUGGGCCCCCCAGAGUGGACUUCCCUCGGUCUCGGCUCCGUUUCAAGGAGAAGCUUGGCGAGGGCCAGUUUGGCGAGGUACACCUGUGUGAGGUAGAGAGCCCUCAGGAUCUGGUCAGUCAAGAUUUUCCCCUUACUGUGCGCAAAGGACACCCUUUGUUGGUGGCUGUCAAGAUUUUACGGCCAGAUGCCACCAAGAAUGCCAGGAAUGAUUUUCUGAAGGAAGUGAAGAUCAUGUCAAGGCUAAAGGAUCCCAACAUCAUUCGCCUCCUGGGCGUGUGUGUACAGGAUGACCCCCUGUGCAUGAUCACCGAUUACAUGGAGAAUGGCGACCUGAACCAGUUCCUCAGCGCCCACCAGCUGGAGGACAAGACAGCUGAGGGGGUCCCUGGAGAUGGGGAAGUUUCCCAGGGGCCCACCAUCAGCUACCCGAUGCUGUUGCAUGUGGUGGCCCAGAUUGCCUCAGGCAUGCGCUACCUGGCCACACUCAACUUUGUUCAUCGAGACCUUGCCACAAGAAACUGUCUUGUUGGGGAAAAUUUUACCAUCAAAAUUGCGGACUUUGGCAUGAGCCGGAACCUCUACGCUGGGGACUAUUACCGUGUGCAGGGCCGGGCUGUGCUGCCCAUCCGGUGGAUGGCCUGGGAGUGCAUCCUCAUGGGGAAGUUCACAACCGCUAGUGACGUGUGGGCCUUUGGGGUGACCCUGUGGGAAGUACUGAUGCUCUGCCGGGCCCAGCCCUUUGGGCAGCUCACCGAUGAACAAGUGAUCGAGAAUGCUGGGGAGUUCUUCCGGGACCAGGGCCGGCAGGUGUAUCUGUCCCGGCCCCCCGCCUGUCCAAUGGGCCUGUAUGAGCUGAUGCUUCAGUGCUGGAGCCGGGAGCCAGAGCAGCGACCACCGUUUUCCCAGCUGCAUAGGUUCCUGACAGAAGAUGCUGUCAACAUGGUGUGAAGCCCAACACCCAGCCAGCACUCCUUCAGGGAGGAUUCAGGCGAAGCCAGCAGUACUAAGCAAGAGAAGAGGAGCUGAUGGCAUCCCGACUCCAUUCCCUUCCCAACUGUCCUUUACCCCUGAGACAGAGGCAGUGUGACCAUGGGUGGGCUGGGCCCACCAGGGAGCUGACACCUCCCUUCCUGACAUGCUCUUAUGCUCCCUUUCCUGCUCUUCUCCCCAGAGCCCCUACCACCCACCCAGCUGGCCCUGUGGAUGGGAUCCUCUUUGACCUCUUCUAGCCAUCCCUGGGGGAGGGUGGGAGCAAAUACAGGGCAGACACUGAACAUGACUCAUUGGAGCACCUGGGCCGCAUCUAGACAACACUGGUUCCUGGAGAGAUGACUGCAGCCAGCCCCCCCCCCCCCUUCUCUCUGUCACACACUGGACUCCGCUGGCUGAGAAUUUGGCGAGUGAGAAGGACAAAUCAGAGAGAAAGAUACUCCCUGUGCUCACUCCUGGAACUUUCUUCAGCUUUGGCUUCUCCCUCCAUCUUCUGAAACACUGGAUCUUGAGGGUGAGGGUGGGGUGACCCCUGCCUCCAACCCCAAUCACCUCCACUUCUCACCUGCCAUGUUAUAGCUAGAACUUCUCUAAGCCUGUAUGUUUCUGUGGAAUAAAUAUUGGAAUUAGGGGGAAAGAGGGAGUAAUGGCCUGUGGCCCUGGGGUUGGACAUCUUUAUCGUAGCUACCAUAUUGGUUUUUCUAGAAUCACUUGGGGUUUGUACAUUUUUGGAGGGAAAGACAGAUUUUUACACUAAUAUAUGAAUUUAGCUCAAUACAAUUUUAAUCCCCUGCAUUAGGCAGGUAAUAAAGGUUGAGUUUUUCAAA